GGAUGUUCACCAGGGGGAAAUACCUCCAUCUAGUGGUUAUAUCUUUUAAUUGACCAGAGGAGAAUCAUGGGUAAGAAAAAAAAUCCCAUUUUUCCCUAGAUCACUGAGGACGAUGAGUGCAUCAGAGCGGGAUAAUGUCCGAGCUGUAUAUGUCAUUGCAUAGUGCACUACUGUUGUCUUGGUAACCGGUCAUGUGGGCAGGCUCUCAAUUUUUGCCUCCCUUGUUCAUCCCAGCAAAUGCAACAUUGCCUCAGCUGCUUCCAUCUAGAAAGGAUGUGGUGGAGGAAUUAAAGGGAUACAGCUUCAUAAUAUGAAAGUAAAGCAGAGCAGCUCACAAGGGUGAGGUCCUUGAAGGGGGAGUAACCUUUUUUAUGACUUAUUGAGGAUCAUAGUCUUUCCGGAGCUGCAUAACCUUAAGAAGAAGAUCCUGUUCCUUUGAUGGACUACCUUGCCAUAACUAAUCUGCACUCUACUGGACAAGGAAAUUAACCUGAAUACAGUCAAGUCAGCAACUCAUACUCUUUUCUUUUUUUAAAUGUUUUUGUCUGAAUUGGUUUGUAACGCACCAAUGAACAAGCAGCUGAUGCAGGAGGCAGGUAGCUGCACAGUGCACACUGAAGGCGAGGACCCAAAGGCAUCUUGAAAUAGAAAUUAAAAGGAGGAGGAGGAGGAGAAAAAGGAGGAGGGUGUUGAUUACCAGAGCAUUGGUAUGCCAGGCUCAGUGCCUAGCAUGGCUGUGCAGAAGAAACAGAGUGUCACCCCUCCUUCGCAGGGACCACUUUCUACCUAUACCAUAGAGAGUCAAAGGAAGAGAAAUGGAUCUAAAACACUGGGAGAGAAAGGCAAUCACAGUAAACCAAACUUACAGACAAACAAGACAGCCUGUUCUCCUGUCAACAAUGCCCAAAUCAACAACACAUCUGGCCCACGGAUCAUUGCAGGACCUAAUGGAUCAAACACUGAUGAGAGGUUGAGGUUGGCUCGGGAAAGGAGAGAGGAGCACCAGAAGUUACUCGCCUCUCGGGAACAGGUCAGGGCGGAACGAGAACAGCGGGCCAGGCAUUACUAUCAACAACUGCUGCAGGAGCGCAAGAAGAAACUCCUGGAGCAGAGGCUGAAAGAGGAGAGGAGGCGCGCUGCUGUUGAACUGAAGCGCAACCAGAGACUGAAGGAGGAGAAAGCGAGAAAUGAGUCUGCAGUGCGCAAAACCCUGGAGAAGAGCCAGAAGGCCCAGCAGAACCUCAGUAACUCUAGAGGAAGGAAGCUCACCAAGAACAAUGUUCCACGUCGCUUGCCACUGACUACAUGGGAGAGGAAUUUGGUCAGUCGCCUCCUCACUCCCACAUGCUCCUAUCUGGCCAGGAGCAAGAGUGCCGGUUGUCAGUCUGGAGAAGAAGUUGUCCAUGUUUGUCGCCGAGCAGUUUCAUGCUACUCCAUGAAUGCCACCAACACCUCCACCACCCCUCACAAACCCCAGCGUCAGUCUGGUCCAGGUCAACACAGGCCAUCUGUCUCUCCCAGCCCCAACAACAGCCUCCACAGAAGCACCAAUGUGGCACAGAUUAAAGCAAAGCAAGCAAGACAGCAAAGUGUUGAGAAGAAAAUCUCAAACACCGGAUCAAACACCAGAUCAAACAUCAGACCAAAAGCUGUCAGUGCCAGCGUGAACAUUAAAAAUACAGCGACCAACACCAGCGUGAAGCCAGCCACAGAUACACAGAUCAGAACACCAUCACCCAUGCCACAGCGGACUCGCAGGAGACCAAUCAGCAGACGCUCCACCCCGCUUCAGCUGGAGCUCCCGUCGGUCCCUGAGGAAGAUCUUCCUGUUUGUAGCACUGCCCUCUCUCCUGGCAACUCGAGGCCUGUCAGGACAUCAGCUGAAGGUCAGCAAGAAGAGAUGAAGGAUGAGAAUCCACCAGAGACUCCACGCUCCAGCUCACCGGACACUCAGAUAGUAGCUAUACCAAGAACAGAGGGAGAUGGAAGUUCUUCCCAGAUGCCUCCACCUACUGCACCUCCAAAGCCUCCUGAAGUCAUGAGCAGACCCUCAGCUGGGACUACAGAUCCCGAGGAGGCCUCCCGUCUCCUGGCUGAAAAGCGGAGAGAGGCCCGACUGCAGAGGGAGAGAGAGGAGCAGGAGCGCCUGCAGAGAGAGGAGGCGGAAAGGCGGAGCUGCGAAGAACUGGAGCGUAGGAGGGCAGAGGAGCGAGAGAGGCGACAGGCUGAGGCUCAGCGUCUGGUGGAGGAAAAGAGGAGACGGGAGGAGGAGGAGCAGAGACGAGCUGAGGAAGAACGAGCUCAGGCUAUGAGGGAAGCUGCCCUCCUCCAGAAACAGAGAGAGGAGGAGCUGGCCAGAGAGAGGGCCAAGGAAGAGAAGAUGAGGCAAGAAAGAGAAUUACAUGCCCAGAAGGAGGAGGCAGAACGCCAAGCAAGAAAAAAGCGACUUGAGGAGAUCAUGCGGAGAACCAGGCGGACAGAUUCUGCAGAUACGAAAUCUGUGUCAGCGAGGAUCCUGCCAAAUGAAGCCCGACCAAAGGAAAACACCGAGCCUGUGCAGAAUGGCACCAUAGAGGAGGCUGUCAAGCUACCAGUGGGGUCCAAACCCUCUCAGCUGGGACUGAAUGGUGUGGAUGACAUGGUACCUGUUGUGGCCUUCAAAGAACGCAGGUCUCUCCGAACUCUUGCAGGCCUGGAGGAAAUCCAGACCCACCAAAGAGCAGAAGUCAUCUGAGCACCUUGAAAGUGGGUAGACCCGCACUGAAUCUCGGAGAGCUGUGAUUUCCUUGUUAAAAAUAGGAAUCCCUACAGUACAGCCAUUUAACAGCCCUGCGGCACCUUGAAAGAGCAUGUAAAAUCACAACCUCACCUUCUAGAGGAGGAUCUCUGCAUUUGGUCACUUUUCUGUCUUUAAGCAGUGGCGUAGAAUUUAACUGAAGCAAUCUGCAGAAUGAAUUUGUUUCCUACAAUGGGUCUUUCAAGUAACAAUGACUAUCCCAAAAAUAUACUGUAGAUUUAGACGGUGGUUAUGAUAGUUUGCUGGAAAAUGCAGUAUAUCCGUUGUGGAAAGAGUUGUCUCUGUUAACUUUGAAUUUAAUAAGUAUAGCCAUUCUAAAAAUCACAACAGUUUAUGUCAGCCAUAUGCUUUAGCUUAUUCCUGAUAUUUCUUGACAAUGCUACUAUCCAAGCACUUUUCCUUCCUCAGUUAUGUCACUGUGGAAUUAGACUAGUUCAAGUGGCUGUUUGCGCUAUUGUUAGCUUUUGAACAAAGAUUUAGGUUGUUGGUGAAAGUUCACUUCCUGUCUUACUCCUUGAUUUUGUGAAGUAUAGCAAUCACAUAUUUGAAAGCUGCUAUGGAACUUAGUUCCCAAAGACUUUGCUUCUUUUUGUGUGUACUGUUUUAGAGAAAACCAUGCACAAAGCAUUUAAUGCAUUGACAGUUGCUUUGUUUCAAACUGUGCAAUCAUUUUACAAAACAAAGUUUUAAGUAUAUGGGUUAAGUCAAUUUAUUGAAAUAAAAAAGUAAAAAUUAUAAAAACAAUGUAUCCAAUUAUCAAUAUUUGAUCCUGUAGUUUAAGUACUGCUUAUAACGAACCCUUGUUAACCUAUUUAAAAGUUUAAAUAUAUGCCAUCUUUGAUUAAAGUUGUUAUGCAGCG